GACAUUUCAAUGAACUAUUGGGGAGGGAUUGUGUUUUUAUUUAUUUCUAGUAUUAACUGUUAUAUUACAUUAUUUCAUUUUUAUUUACUUUUGGAAUAGCAAUACGUUCACAGUUUGACAAUUCAGUAAAGUAUGAGAGAUUAUAGAAGUGUAUCAACAGAAACAUGUGAUUUAAAAUUUUCUAGUGGCCACAUUUUAAAAAGUAAAACAAAACAAAGGAAAUUGUGUAAUAGCAUACUUUAUUUAAUCUAUAUAUAUAAAAUUAUCAGUCCAACAGCUAAUCAGAAAAAAAAAAGAGAUAUUUUACAUUCUUUUUCAAACCAAGUCUUCACAUUGGUACAAAGUAUAUCUUACAUUUUUAAUACAUCACAAUUGGAAAAACCACCUUUCAAGGGUCCAUACAUGGUGAAGUAGCUAUGUAGUAAUAAGUUUCCCUCCCAUUUCCACCCUGAAGCUACUGAGUUCCCCUCCCUAGAUAAGCAGUUAUUGUUGGUAGCUUCAAGUGUGUUCUUCCACAGAUAAUUAAUAUAUGUCUACAAGCAAUUGUGAACAUAUAUGCACAAAUAAUAGGAUGAUAACUACACCAUUGUGCAUUCUAUUUUUUUCAUUUAUAAGUCUUGGAGAUGUUUCACAUCAUUAUACAGGAAGCAAGCUCCAUCUUUAUUUUACUACUGCAGAAUAUUCUAUUGUACUGCUGUCACAGACAAUCCAGUUAAUCCCUAUCUAUGGGCAUAUAGGUGGUUGCCAGUAUGUGUUCACUAUUCGAGCUGAAUUUACCAAGAAGCAGAGUGCAAUAGGAGCUAACCCAGUAAGGAUGAGAGAAUGACAUUCUAGAGAAAGGGACCAGCAUGAAGGAGGGCAUGGGACACAAGGACACUGGCAUUUGAGGAUAACGUCUUACAAUUCAAGAUGUCUGGAAAGUGGAGUGUAUAUGAACAGAAAAGAGAAGAAAGCUAGAAGGGCAGGAAGAGACCAGACUAUAAACAGCCACACAAGUGUCAUUUUAAGGAAUUUGGACCUCAUCCAUAAUGGAGAGUAAUCAAAAGAUUUUAAGAAGCAGGGAAGAAUUAAGAGAUGAUUGAAUUAAUAAAUAAAUGAGGAAAGAGGGACAAAUCUUCCCUACUGAUGAAUUCUGAUUAAUAGAUAUAGAAGGGAAACAGAAAAUCUCCACUUAAAGCACCACAGUAACAAUUGCUACAGGCAAGAUCAUCUGCUGAAUAUGCAAAUUAGUGGAUAAAACAUUGGAGAAACAAGAUAUUUGCAUAGCCUCCAAGUACCUCCCCAAAAUAUGUGUUAAUUAUUGUGAUGGUUUUAAUAUAUGUCCAAACAUUCUUUGAUACUCUCCCUCCAGGAAGGAGAGCUUAAUUCUACCAGGCUUACUCACGGCUAAUGAGUAGGGUAUGGAAAAGAAAAACAGUAACUUCACAGUGGACCUGGCAGACACCACCUCAACCAAGUGAUCCAGAUUUACAUCACCAGUAGUGUUGAUAUCAGGUGCCCCUGCCAAAUGGGAUGAGAAGGGCACUGCCUCUGUGAUAUACUUCCCCCAAACCCAUAACCACAGUCUAAUUAUGAGAAGACAUCAGAUAAACCCAAAUUGAGGGACACUCUAACAAACACCUGACCAAUAUUCUUUGAGUGUCGAGGUCAAAGUUCCCUGGUGGCCUAGGGGUUGAGGAUCUGGCCACUACUGUGGCCAGAGUUUGAUCCCUGGCCUGGCAACUUUCACAUGCAACAGGCGCAGCAGGAAAAAAAGUGUCAAGGUUACUAGAAAAAAAAAAAAGAAAGAAAGAAAGGCUGAGAAACUGUCACAUACCUAAAGAGACUAAGGAGGUGUGUUGAUCAAAUGCGAUAUGGGAUCCUGGGAUUGGUCCUGGAGCACAAAAAAAGAACUUUGGGGGAAAAACUUGGAAAAUAUGACUACAAUCUUUGUUUUAGUUAAUAUUAUUGUAUGGAUGUUAAUGUCUUAAUUUCAUAAAGGUACCAUAGCUGUUUAAGAUGUUAACAUUAGAAGGAAGGUGGUUGAAGAUAAACCAUGAUAUUCUGUGCUAUCUUUGCAAACGUUCUGUAGAUAUAAAAUUAUUUUCAAAUAGGAAAUUUUUAAAAGAGUGAAUCAUUGGAGUGAACGUGAUUAGAUUCCUGUUUUAGAAGAAUCCCAGUGGCUGCAGUGGGGAAACAAGCUGGAAAGGGAAAGACCAAAGUAGGGAAGUUACAUGGUCUUGCUACAAAAGUCAAGAAGGGAUAGUGGAGGCCCAGAUGGGGUAGAGGCAGCAGGAGUCUGCGGGCUGUGGACAGACUAGAGGGAUCUCUAGAAGAAAACUCCAUUGGACCUGGUGAUAAUUUGGUAAAGAAGUGAAGAAGUAUAAGAACUCAAGAUAACACCAGUGUUUAACCUCCAGGAAUUAGAUGGGCAAUGAUGUCGUUCACUGAGAUGGAGAAAACAGGAAGAAGAACAAGUUUCAGGGAAACAUAGUUCCGUUUUAGACUUGUUGAGUUUGGAAUACAUUUGAUAAACCCAAGUAUCCAUUAGGCAGCUGGAUAUAUGAACCUGCAGGUCAGGAGGAAGAGCUGGCUAUAGGCCAUGGUGGAGAGUCACUGGCAUGUAGAAUGGUUGAAGCCAUGAAAUGAUGAGGUGACCCAAGGAGAGUGAAUAGGAAAGGGAGGGCUUAGGGCAUUUAGGGCUAGGCCAGGAGAUAGCAAGGACCAUGGGGCAUGUCCACAGAAGUAGUGACAGUGCAGUGUAAUUAUUUGGAGCUAGGUUCUAGAGGCAGGCUUCCAGGGCCAGAAUAAUGGCUUUCCAGCCUACCUGUUGUCUGACAGGGGAAAGUUAUUUAUAUAUUAAGGCUAUUGUCAGGAUUGGAUGAGACACUGUAAUGUAAAGUUCUUAGAAUAAUACAGGACUCAGUGCUAAAAGAAUGUUGACUAAUGGGAGGCAAAGGAAAAAGAGAAUGGAAGCUAAGGGGGAAAGGUGGUUUGAAAAGAAGGACCUGCGCGUCAAACCCCUUCUUAAGGUGGCCGUAGUCUAGAAAGGGGAAAAUAAUAAGAGUUAGCAAGGAUUUGAAUCAUCAUGCAUUGCUGGUGGGAUCAUAACAUGGUACUGCCACUGUGGAAAAUGGAUUGGUGGUCUCUCAAAAAGGUGAACAUAGAAUGACCAUGUGAUCCAGCAAUUCCACUCCUUGGUAUCUACCCAAAAGAAUUAAAGAUGGGAAACAGAUACUUAUACACUCACGUUCAUAGCAGCAUUAUUCACAGUGGCCAAAAGGUGUAAACUCUCCAAGUGUCCAUCAACAGAUAAGUAAACAACAUGUGAUAUAUCUAUAUAAUGGAAUAUUAUUCAACUUUAAAAAGAAAUGAAGUUCUGAUACAUCCUACAGCGUGGAUGAACCUUGAAAACAUUGUGCAAAGUGAAAUAAAUCAGAUACAAAAGGAUAAACACUGUAUGAUUCCACUUAGUUGAGGAACCUAGAGCAGACAGAUUCAUAAAGACAGAAAGUUGAAGAUAGGUUACCAGAAGUUGGGAGGGGGGAGAAAUGAGGAAAUAUUGUUUAAUGAAUACAGAGUUUCUGUUUGAGAAGAUGAAAGAGUUCUGGAAAAGGAUAGUGUAAUGGUGGUACAUUUCAAAUGUAGUAAAAUGCCUCUGAAUUAUACCUUAAAAGCUGUUAAAAUUGUAAAAUUUUAUGUUAUAUACCUUACCACAAUAUUUUUUUAAAGAUUGUAGUUAAUGUUGCAAAGAAGCUAAAUAAGAUAAGCUCUGAAAAAAUUACCCUUUGUAUUUUGUGACACAGAGACCAAAUUGGUGACAUUUCCCAGAGCCUUGUCGAGGAGCAGAGAGGCGGAAAGUCAGAUUGUAGUGGGUUGAAGAAUGAUUGGGAAAUGUGUUGACCAGGGAUUGGCAAACUAUGUCCAAAUCUGGCCCAGUCCCUGUUUCUGUAAAUAAAGUUUUAUUGGAACACAGCCCUACACCUUCAUGUAGGUAUUGCCUUUGGUUUCUUUUGUGCUACCCCAGCAGGAUUGAGUAGCUGCCAGAAAUAUUUUGGGGAAAGUUAUCCAACCCCUGGACUAGACAAGACCCCUGGUCUUUAAAGAAGUUAGUUUUUUAGACAGUUCCUGCAUUUCUGGUGGGAAAUUGAGUAAACUAUUGAGUAAAUGACAGUGCCCCUUCAGUCACCUAGCAGAACAGACCCAAUGCUAAACAAUAAUAAUAAUAAUGAAUAAGAAGGAGAAAGAGGAGGAGGAAGAGAGGGAAGAGGAAAAACUCCUUCCUUCCUUCCUUUCUUUAACAAGGUUUUGUCUUCCCCAUGCCUCUGUCUCUUACAGCCCUGGAUGAAGGGAUUGAAAGUCCCUCUGCCCACUGUGCUCCCUCCCCCCCCCAAAAAAAAUCUCCCUACUAGUAAAUUGUCACAUGACUGGUGAUAAUAAAUGUUCUGAAAUGGCUACAAACUGCAGUUUGGUUUAAAGUUUCCUCAUUAAUGCAAGAGAAUGCCCACAACCUGAGGCUUUUCAAGUGUUUAUUAAUUUGCUUUCUGGGACUGAGUGCCAAUAUUUAUUCAGAUCAAAGACAAAGCCGAUGUCUUUAGCACUUACUGUGUGUCGGGAACUAUGCCAAGUCUUGUGCCUAGGUGACCUCAUUGAUAAUCAUCAAAACCAGCAGAUGGCCUUUCCUCAUUUGACCAGUGGAGUGACUGGGGCUCACUGGGGUUAAAUACUCACCUAUGGACCCACCAGGCAUGAGUAAUAGAAUUGAGGUUUGAAGUGACAUCUACCUGAUUCCAGGAACCUGGGCUGUUUCCGCUGCACCAUGCAGUCAUCCUGUCCUCAGCUUCAGAGUGGUUUUUAUAGCCUCUCUAAGCAGAAUCUAAUAUUUCGUGGGCUCUCAAUCUAUUUUAAGCCAUAAGCUUUGCUUUUUCACACUAAGAACUUAUGGCUUAGGAUAUGUCUCACAUAGACCUUAGGCUUUAGUAAGACCCUCUCUCCAGCCUGUUCGUGUGCUCGCUCUGCCUCCAAGCCCCACUUUGAUGAUCAUAUGAUUCUACCCAGAGGUAUUUCUUUAAAACCAUCCUGCUUUGCAUACCCUCUACCAGUGCCAUCUAAUACCUGGGCUUCACUUGUUCCCAUCUUAGCAUUUAUUUUUAUAUCACCUGCAAUAAUCCUGAAGCUCUUGCUUAGGCACAGUGACAGGGUGAGGCAGCAAGAGGGGGUUAUAAUGGCUUCCUUCCUACAGUUCCCAUCCGUUCAUGUCCAUAUGAUCAGCUCAUAAACACACAGCACCCUUGUGACUUCUUUCCUCAUCGAGGCUGCCCUUGAUAGCACAACCUUUGACUGCCUAGAUUUUUGCAGCCAUCAAAUCAGAACUAAAAGGAAACUGAGUUCAUUUACCUAGCCCUUAACUGUACCAGGGAGAGAAGCAACUAAAGCCCAGAGAGGAAUGCCAGCUUAUCCAGGCACACACAGCUUGUCAGCAGCAGAUCCUGGACUAGAAAGACCCCGGGGCUUCCAGCCUCAGUCUGGAGCUCACUCUGUAGCAGCUCACUGCCUCCCGCCUGCCUCAGUUGAUGAAGCAGGGGCCGUCCCCCUGCAUGGGAAGCACUUACCUUGGAGCCCUUUUCAUGAAUGAGACCAGAUGCAGAACUGCACAUUGAUCAUUUCUGUCCCUCCCCUUUCUGCUUUCUGUUAAAGGCAGCCCCCAGCUCCCAGCUGGCUCCUGUCCCCUCCCCAGUCGGGAGAAGUUAUUACAUGAAGAGAUCAGCUUACCAGUUUUCUUCAGAGCAGAGGCUGAGCUCGGAGCUCCGGGUAGUACAGUGAAGGAGAGCCGAGGGAACCAGCGCCGUGCCUAGCGGAACUCCAGGGCUGGAAUCCGAGACACAAGUGCAUCUGCUAGCUGUUAGCACUUGGCAGACGGAGUUCUCCUCUAGGGUAGUUCUAACUUUGGGUAAUAAUGUUUGUCAGCUACCUGAUAUUAACAUUGCUCCACGUUCAAACAGCAGUGUUAGCAAGACCUGGGGGAGAGAGCAUUGGCUGUGAUGACUACCUAGGCUCCGACAAAGUCGUGGACAAAUGCGGGGUGUGCGGAGGCGAUAACACAGGCUGUCAGGUUGUGUCGGGUGUGUUUAAGCAUGCCCUCACCAGCCUGGGCUACCACCGAGUUGUUGAGAUUCCCCAAGGAGCCACAAAAAUCAACAUCACCGAGAUGUACAAGAGCAACAACUAUUUGGCCUUGCGAAGUCGUUCUGGCCGCUCCAUCAUCAACGGGAACUGGGCAAUUGACCGGCCUGGAAAAUACGAGGGCGGAGGGACCAUGUUCACCUACAAGCGUCCAAAUGAGAUCUCGAGCACCGCCGGAGAGUCCUUUUUGGCUGAAGGUCCUACUAAUGAGAUCUUGGAUGUCUAUAUGAUACACCAGCAGCCUAACCCAGGAGUCCACUAUGAGUACGUUAUCAUGGGGAACAAUGCCAUCAGUCCACAGGUGCCACCUCACAGGAGACCAGGGGAGCCCUUCAAUGGCCAGCUGGGACCAGAAGGGAGGAGCCAAGAGGAGGGAGAAGAGAAAGAGGGGGAUGAGCCAAAGGCAGACACGCACGGUGGGGCACCUGAAAUAUUCACCUCGGAAUCAGCACAGACUUUUCCGGUCAGGCAUCCAGAUAGAUUCUCCUCCCAUCGGCCAGACAAUGUGGUGCCACCAGCACCACAGCCCCCACGGCGGAGCCGAGAUCACAACUGGAAGCAGCUGGGGACAACGGAAUGCUCGACAACCUGUGGGAAAGGAUCGCAGUACCCCAUUUUUCGCUGUGUGCACAGAAGCACUCACGAAGAGGUUCCCGAGAGCUACUGUGACUCAAGCAUGAAGCCAACCCCCGAGGAGGAGCCCUGCAACAUCUUCCCUUGCCCAGCCUUCUGGGACAUCGGGGAGUGGUCCGAGUGCAGCAAAACCUGUGGCCUGGGCAUGCAGCACCGCCAGGUUCUGUGCCGCCAGGUGUAUGCCAACCGCAGCCUGACGGUGCAGCCCUACCGCUGCCAGCACCUGGAGAAGCCCGAGACCACCAGCACUUGCCAGCUCAAGAUCUGCAGCGAGUGGCAGAUCCGGACAGACUGGACCUCGUGCUCGGUGCCCUGUGGAGUGGGGCAGAGGACCCGGGACGUGAAGUGUGUGAGCAACAUCGGGGAUGUGGUCGAUGACGAGGAGUGCAACAUGAAGCUCCGGCCCAACGACAUCGAGAACUGCGACAUGGGACCCUGUGCCAAGAGCUGGUUCCUGACCGAGUGGAGCGAAAGGUGCUCGGCGGAGUGUGGGGCUGGCGUGCGGACGCGCUCGGUGGUGUGCAUGACCAACCAUGUCAGCAGCCUACCCCUGGAGGGCUGUGGGAACAACCGGCCAGCCGAGGCUACCCCCUGCGACAACGGGCCCUGCACGGGCAAGGUGGAGUGGUUCGCAGGGAGCUGGAGUCAGUGUUCCGUUGAAUGUGGGAGCGGGACCCAACAGAGGGAGGUGAUUUGUGUUAGGAAGAAUGCAGACACCUUUGAAGUGCUGGACCCCUAUGAAUGUUCCUUCCUGGAGAGACCCCCCAGCCAGCAGUCCUGCCACCUCAAGCCUUGUGGGGCCAAAUGGUUUAACACAGAAUGGAGCAUGUGUUCCAAGAGCUGCCAAGGCGGCUUCCGUGUCCGGGAAGUGCGCUGUCUGUCGGAUGACAUGACCCUCAGCAAUCUCUGUGACCCUCAGUUGAAACCAGAGGAGAAGGAAUCGUGUAACCCUCAGGACUGUGUCCCUGAAGUUGAUGAGAACUGCAAGGACAGGUACUACAACUGCAAUGUGGUGGUCCAGGCCAGGCUCUGCGUCUACAACUACUACAAGACAGCCUGCUGUGUCUCCUGCACGCGUGUGGCCAGCAGGCACUCGGGCUUCCUGGGGAGCAGAUAACACCCCGCAGGGCAGCAGUGGGUGGGUUGGGGAGUCUGUGAGCGGUGGGGCUGGUUGGCUGCCACUGACUGCACUGGGGGCUCCCUGGCCUGUGGAGCUGCCAGCCAACUCAGUCAUCACCCCGCCUUCUUAAUGGGUACACACGGUGCCCAGGAGCAAGGCCACAGUUGUCUUUUGAGCAUGGCCAUGCACUGAUGACCCCUCCUUCAGAAACCUAGCACCUGCACUCUUUGCAAACCAAGCAGUGCGUGGGCCGCGCCUGCAGCUCUCAGCCAACUUCUCUCCUAGCCUUUUUCUCAGUCAGCAGUGCUGACUCUGGGUGCUGCUUCUUCCCCAGUGCUGCUGGCCUUCCCAGUAGCAGGCACCCCUUGGAGAGUCAGAGGUGGCAGCACCCCCCCACCCCAGAGUUCCCCCUAAGACUUGCUAAGAUGCCAGCAUCCCUCUGUUACCUUAGGCCAGCUGUGCCUAUUUUCAUUCUCAAAGACAUUAGGCUGUUUUCCUGCCUUAAGACACAAAUAUCUCCUGUCAGGAGAGUGCUUUCUUGUUUUGCAGGUGUAUUCAGAGAUAGUAGCUCAUUAGCAGCUCGCAAUGCCCCAGAAUGGGAGGCAGGAAAUGAAUCAUUGCCCCUAUUUUACUGACAAGGAAACUGAGACUCAAUGUAGGUCCCUGACCUGCCAGGUAUCAGGUAACCGACCCAUUCAGCGACCCCAGCUGUCUGACCACAAAACCCUCACCCAAGACCUGUCUCAAGUCUUAGAUCCGCAGGAUGUGGCUUCACUUCAGAUCAAGAGGCUGAGACUUUCCUAUUCAGCGAACAAAGCCCAGACCUUUGAAUUCCUCCCGCUGGCCAAAGGCCAGGUCUUUAUCCCCUGCACUCAGCUGUUUCAGGUUUCUCUUUCUCUUUUCCCUUCCCCCACAAAGUCACAGGUUCUGGUGAGAGGACUCUAUUUUCUUAACAGGACAAUCCCAUGAGAUAAGAAAGCCCUCAGGAUAGCAAGGUGAUUGCCCCAAAUUCUGAUUCUUUACCCCAGUGGUGUGUGCCGCCCAUGGAAUCUUACGUCAGGGUCCCUUUGGUCUCCCAGAGCAGAUUUCCAGAGCCCACCGCUCUGUGCUGGGCUCUCGCCUUCCUCAACCAUCUCUCCUGGGCCCUUUCACCACACAUUGUCCUGCAGAAAGUCUAACCCACCUGUCCCAGCAAAAGCCACGUGUUUAUAUUUGAGUCUCCCGUGGGUCCUUCUGGUUUGAUUUGUGGAUUUCUCAGUGUGAGUUUCCCUCCCUCCCUCUUCCCGACGCACAGCCCACAUCCACUCCCCUUCCACAUGUGAGCCCUAAGCUCUGCAUUCAUGCAGCCAGCCUGGGAGAAGGGGCCAUGAACUCCUCUGCUGCAGGGUCCUCCCAGAUUCACUUCACCUAACUGUGGUUCCCAAGUUGAAAGAUGAGCUCUCUGAAAAUUCAAUUAAGAAGAAGCAGGGGGGAAAAUAUAUUCUUACACCCACUAAGAGAAAUAUCAGGCUAGGGAGUUCCUUUUGAGGCUCAGCAGUGACAAACCCGACUGGCAUCCACAAGGAUACAGGUUCCAUCCCUGGCCUCACUUAGUGAGCUAAGGAUCCAGCAUUGCCAUGAGCUGUGGUGUAGGUCGCAGAUGUGACCUAAAAGUUCUUUAAAUCAGACCCUGCAUUGCUGUGGCUGUAGGGUAGGCCAGCAGCCACAGCUCCGAUUUGACCCCUAGCAUGGGAAAUUAAUAUGCUGCAAGUGGCGCUUUAAAAAGCAAAAAAAGAAAGAAAAGAAAGGAAAGGAAGAAAAGAAAAAAAUAUCAGGCUAAACAAAUUGGAAGCAUAUAGAAAACCUAAUCUUAUUUGGUACUAUAGUCCUGAGCUUAUUUCCCUUUCAAAGUAAACAUUUGUGCUGAAAUUUGAACGUAGCAACUUUCUCCCAAGAGCCCUUUUACCCCCAAAUCUGCUAAUUUGAUGAUGACAUACAUGCAGCUUUGGGAAACAGUACCACCAGCUCGGUCUGACACACUCCGCUAGGGUCCCACUACCCUUGCACUUUCAGAAAUUCUAUGUGGCCUCUCUGGUGAGCUGCAGCCACCAUUUCCCAAAAGCACCCCCAUCUCUCCUGAUUCUUACAUAACUUGGGCAAUAAGCAGCAAAGAGGAGGCCCAGAUUCCUUCCCCACCAAGCAAGACAGACCAGAGAAGCCAAGCGCAUGGCUGGUUCCUGUACAGCUCCCCCUCGCCGCUUGCCUUUGCUUUCCAUCUUGGGUGACCGUCUUCUUUAUGCAGCUGUUCUCAGACUGUGCAGAGAGCUUUACAGGCUGGAAGGCAGAGCACGAUCAAUGGGUAGAUGAGCAGAAAGGCUGAUUUCAGCUCAAAUGAAGGGAAAACCUAGCCAGCCAGGCUGCCCAGCACAGCAGAGGCAUGGCCGUCAUGGUGCAUGAGUUCUGCAGCCUAAAACAGAUCUAUUUCUCCAUCAAAUGGAGGUGAGCGCCCCAGGUCCUUUCCACUCAGCAUUCACAUGACUAGGCUGGGGCAGUGAUCACUGUCUCUUAGAUGUCCAGCCGUGUCCUGUGGCUCCCAAGUGUUACCUAAAAGUUCUUUAAAUGGACGGUGAUCCUCCCAAGAGAAGGGCCAUCUUACCAGUUGUGGAAUUGGGUACAAGCAAAUGAAUCAACCCAGUGUCUGCAGGGUAAAGAGGGACUGGAACUAGAGGUCUUUUUUCUCUUGCAACACAGAGUUGAGCUAGUCUUGGAAUUUGUUUAUCUCUGGAAAGGUUAUAAAUUACUAGAUCAGGGGUUUCAUCAACUUGUCUUGGAAAUCCAAUUUUUACUAAUUUUCUCAUUUCUUCUAUCAAUGGCUAAAUGCCUUUGUUCUUAGAACAACACACAUGAUAAGGUUCUUUAGUGUUUCAAUGAUAACAUUCCUUUCUCCUUCCAGAGAUGACUUUUUCUCCCUUUCUUGGCCCCAUUAUCUCACCUUUUCCUCUCCAUGACCCACCAUCGCCUUCUCAGACUUCUGUUCUGAGACAGUCUGUUCCCUUAAAUGGCCAUGAUGCAAAACUGAAAUUUACAUUUUUUUUUCUUUUGUCGUUUUGUGCUUUUAGGGCCACACCCGCAGCAUAUGGAGGUUCCCAGGCUAGGGGUCUAAUCAGAGCUGUAACUGCCAGCCUACACCACAGUUGCAGCAACGCGGGAUCCAAGCCUCGUCUGUGACCACAGCUCACCACAAUGCUGGAUCCUUAACCCACUGAACGAGGCCAGGGAUCAAACCUGCAACCUCAUGGUUCUUAGUCGGAUUUGUUAAUCACUGAGCCACUAUGGGAACUCCUGAAAUUUACAUUUUAAUACUGCUUUUUUUUCUGUGUUCCAAAUUAAAGCCAUUCUCUUUCUUCUCACAAAACAAUCGACAAAACACCAAGCAGAAAUAGUGUGCUUUUUUCUCUUUUUUCAGCCAUACCCAGGACAUGUGGAAGUUCCCAGGUGGGGAUUGAAUCUGCGCCUCUGCAGCCGCCAGAGCCGCUGCAGAGACAACAUUGGAUCCUUAACCCACUGUGCCAUAGUAGGAACUCCUAGAUUGCUUUUUUACUGUCACUUUUUGGAAAAGGAAAUCAUGCCACAUGCAGCCUCAGCAAAGGCCAUUCGGUGUAGCCCUUCCUUCUCAUGCUUGCAUAGGCUUGCGUUUCUCCCCCAGAAGAGCGUAAGAAAUACAGCACUUAAAAAAAAAAAAGCCUGUAAACCUGGCCACUAGGUGAUGUCACUCCGCAUCUUUAAAGGUGUGUUCAAGUCACCUGUUUGCCAACUGGUGGGGAACUAAGAUGAGCAGGGCCAAUUCCCACCUGGGGAAGCUGCAGUGUGACAGGAGCACUCAGAGCUGUUCCCAUCUGUCCCUUUGUCUUACUUCUCGCCCAGGGCUCUUGGAUGUGUCAUUUACUCACCUCAAAGUGUUUAGCAUUCAACACACUUUCAGCAGAAUGGCCUUCUGAGGGCUAAAACUGAGAGAUACUUGCUUGGUUUCUUUGCGUCCAGUUGUGUGGCAGAGAGAGAAACCCAGAUGUUACUAGUCCAUUUCUAAACCAGUGGACCUCUGUUUCUUUCAUAUAGCCAUUUUAGAAUUUGAACAUCCCCCAUUUUCUAGUGUAGACGACACAAAUAUGAGUGGUAAAAAGAAAUACAAUUUUCCUUCAAACAGACUGAAUAAUCAAACCCGACGCCAACAUUUGAUCCUUCCCAUAUGAAACAUUUUUUAAUAUGGUUGAGAUGGGGAAUUAGACACCUUCCUGAUGAAAUCAGUAGAGUUGGAAAGGUAACAUCUGGAACCACAAGCUCUAGAACCAAAAAAGUCUGGGAUACCAGACCAAAACGUGAAUCUGAGAAAUUCACCAGGAAGCAACAUAAAGUCCCACUUUUGAAUUAAAAAACCAAAAACUGUACAACAUGGCAGAGAUGAAAGAGUUUCAGUUGACUAAGCUCAAUGUGAAUCAAGAAAGUGGGAUGGAACUACCCCAAAAAAACACAGUAGAUAAAUAUCAACAAGAUAGGCUACAUAAAGAGAAAAUAUUGGCAAGUCAUGUUUGUGAUUGUCUGAAGCUUUAAGAAGAAUAUUAAUAACGUAUAGCAUUCCAAUGAGCAUGGCUGAUCCUGAUGAGGGGUGCAGACUGAGAAACUGGAGAAAGGACUUUAUGGGAAUGUUUAGCACCAGAAGAGCCAUCCUAGGACCAAGAGGUAAAAGCUGCAUGGAGGCACAUCUUAGCUCUUGCACAAGUGAGAGCCUUCAGAAGGUAGCGGGCUCUGUGGCUGGUGGUGACUGACCCAUCCCUGGAGGUCUCAGCAGAUCCUUAAUGACCAUUUGUCAAGGAUGCUGGAGGGGGGAUUCAGGCACCCAGCUCGGGCAACAGGACCUGCGAUUCUUUCCAAGUCCAGGCUUUGUCCACUCUAUAAGUAGAAGAGCUUUAAUGAUUUGCCUGGUCUGGGAUGGCAGGUAUACAGCGUGUGUCCUUCCCGUUUCUAUGACUACCACUCUAAGCCCAGCAGUGUAUUUCCCCCCCCACCCCCCACACACACACACCAAGCUGAACGUGGCUUCAUACCUUAUGGAAGCACUAGCCAAUUGGCAAGAGCUGCAUUGUCGGCAUAGAUGAGUAAUCAAGCAUCCCUGCCCAGGAUCACACAUCUUGAUGGGGGUGGAGCCUUGACUAGACUAGAAAACACCAUCUCUCUUUCCCAACUCACUUUGCUUUCCUGCAUCUUUGCUGGAGCAAGCUUAGCCUCUCCACCCUGAACCACCCCACACCCCUGAUUCUUUGUCUUCAGUGGGUAACAGUGGGGGACGCCAUCGUGCUGAGGAAAAGCGUGCCCAGCCAGCUUUCUCAGCAUCUUCCAGACCUUGAGCCCUUUGCCUCAGUGAGAGGAAAGCCAUUCUGUUACGUAAACUUAAUAUCCAUCCGCCUGGACCCCCAAGCCCCCACCAUCCAGUUUGACGGAAGGAUAUACUUUGUUAUAACUUAUUAUUUUUUUCUUUGUAAAUACAAGAUGUUUAUAGGAAAUGUGUAUUCUGAAUUCUACAGGCGGAAUGAGUCACUACACCAAAAUAGUUCUAUUAUUUAGAAUAUGUUAAUUUUAAAGGGACCUGAUAGGUAUUUAUUUACGUAUGCGAUCCACAUUUGUGUAAAAUUAUUUGAUCCUACUAACCAAGCUUCCUGGAAAGUUGCUGCACACGAUGUCUUAUUUUAUGUCCAUAAUUACAAUUUAGUAUCCUGACUAGCCAAAUUCCUUGGGUUUUAAGAUUGAAUAUAAAUUACUCUGCUUUUCGACUCAUCGGGGGGCUUUCACCCCUGGCAUUGCACCUGAAACAGGUCUGUCUGGAUUGCCACCAUUCCACCUUAAAUAUUAUAUUUGCUCAUAUAAUCUGCCCUCUCCCUGGCCCCAACAUUUGGAGAAGGAAGGGUCUCUUUUGCCCCUUCUCUUUGUAUCGCUUCGUUCGUUAGAAUCACCAGCAGUAACUCGCCAGGGAGGUUUGCUUAGAGCUGUGAAGGAGCCGGGGUCCCCUGGCAGGGGCAGAGAGGGACUAUGGGAUGUAGCCCGUUCACUGCUCUGACCACGCCUCCUGGGUCCCCACAGACUGACCGACUGCUGGCUGGGGGCGCUGGGUGGUCAACUGCACAGCCGCAAGCAAGGAACCCACAGAAUAUGCCAUCUACCCCAGGUCACCUUUGUGCUGUCACUGAGUGCUUAAGGAGGUGGCGGGUAGAAGGCGAAUUAUAUGAGUAAAUACAGUGUUUUCAGCAAAAAUGACAACUAUUUUUGUGUACGACUAAUUUAUUUUUAUUAUUGUAAAAAUACAAUAAACGGGUUUUAAAAAUCAGCUUCAUUAA